AUGGAAGCGUCGUGGGAGCAGGUGCCUAAUAUCGUGCUCGUGCAGGUGUUCUCCCGCCUGUCGGACAGCGACCGGCUAUCGGCCUCGCUUGUCUGCCAAAAAUGGCGGCAGAUAUUUCGUUACCCGAGUCUGUGGCGCACGCGCUGUUUCGACAUCAGUCGCGGCCACACGGGCGAGGACGCGCGCGCCAUCGCCUUCGCCAGAAGUCUCGGACCGUGCCUCAAGCAGCUCUACGUCAUCCUCAACCACCCGACGUACAUCGGCUGCCGGCGAGCGCAGAAAACGAUGACGUCACUGCUUUCGCGGCUCUACGGCAAGGCGCAGCUGGCGGAGUUCGUCAUGCCGCAUCUGGAGAUGGACCGCUUCUGGAAGUACGACUCGGUGCGCGAUCGUCUGUUCCGCUCUCUCGCGAGAUUCCUGCGCGGACAGAGGCGUCUGCGCGCGUUCGACAUGUCAGGAGCCAGCGUGAUGCCUAGCGAAGGUUACCUACUACUCGCUGCCGUCGCCAAGAACAGUGGCGCCACCGUCCGCGAUCUGAACAUAGAGGAAUAUUUCCGUCCUCGACAUCCGGUAUUUCUCAGCGAAACCUUUAACGAGCUGAUGGGUCAGUUCAGCAACCUGCACAAGCUCAGCAUCAGUUACAACUGCAUGUCGGACGAGCUGCUGGCGAGCCUCGCUUCCACCUGCGCUGGUCGGCUGAGUCACGUGACCGUGAGAUGCUACAAGACGGAGCCGCAUCACCAGAAGAUCUACGGACAGCAGUGGAAGAACCUCUGCCGCGUCUGCCCGAAGCUAAAGGUAAAAUAUUGUCUGGAGAGAAUUCGCGCCUACUCCGAGAUCAAGUUGAUGUUAGUACCGGAGAUACCUCUCUAUCACUUGCAAAUCUGGGCCGGCUACGAGAGCUCGCAAAUAGACUGGCGCGUGUGCGACACCAUCGACUACAUCACCACCAACUUCUGCGAUACGCUGGAGCACGUUUCUCUGGAAUAUGACGAGAGCACUGAAUUCAUAGACGACCGCUUGCUGGCGCUAGUGUCGCGCUGCAGACACCUCGAACACAUGGAUGUCAAUGCGGUCCUGCAGCUAGCGACUGUCGACACGUUGCUGAACCAACAAAAAGAAUAUAAAAUAGGACUACUCGGCUGUCACAUUGUCGUCUGCGGGCUGACGGAGCACGGCACCGAGCGGCUGUCCGACAUCAUGCAGCAACACCAGGAGUGGCUCGACGAGCGAGGCGUCGACUUCCGCUGCACGAGCGACCACGCCUUGCAUCACCAAUGA